AUGUCUGAACAAGUGGAAACAAAACUUGCUGUAGGCGAGACUAACCCUGAAGAUGUUAGAAGAUCAUUCAUCGAACAGGUGAAAGCUCGUAAGGCUGCUCUGGAGAAGAAGAAGCAGUUAGAACAGGAAGCUGCAGCAGCUGCAGCUGCUGCCGCUCAAGAAUCUGCCAAGGAAACUGAACCCGUUGCUGAAGCUACACCAAUUGCCGAGGAAACUAAAUCCGAGGAACCAGAGACUCCAAAGGCAGAUGAAGCUCCAAAACAAUUAACAUUUGCUGAAAGAUUAAAAUUGAAGAAGCAAGCCGCUGCAGAAUCUGCUGCAUCUGCUGCUCCAGUUGAGAAACAGGAAGAGAAGGAAGAUACCCCAGCUGAAUCUGCUCAAGAUGUUCAAUCGAAGCAAGGUGAUGAAGAUGAAGAAAAGAAGGAAACUGAAGGUGAAGAAGCAAAACCAGAAGAAACUGAAGCUCAAUCCGAGAAAACUGAAGAAACUGAAGUUGAAGAUGAAAAUACAUUGACUGUCAGUAAAUUGUUGACAAGAUUAGCUGAAGUACCUCCUAUCGAUGACAUUUUCACUUUUAAAUACCCUGAAGGCAUUGAAGGACCAAGUCCGUUGUACAAAAAGGAAACUGUUAAAUAUACUUAUGGUCCAACUUUCUUAUUACAAUUCAAAGAUACAUUUAAAGUUAAAGCUGAUGAAGCCUGGGUCAAAAGUACUGCAUCUAAAGUGGUUAUCCCACCUGGCAUGGGGAAGGGAAACAGAUCUAGAGAACCAAGUAACAGAUUUGGUGGUCGCGGUGGUGACUUCAGAAACAAUUCUGGAAGAGGUAUGGAUGAUAGAUCAAACUCAAGAGCCUCUUCUAAAAGAAAGUCCAGAAGAAAUAUGGAUGACAGAAGAUCAAAUAGAUCCUACACAAACAGAAAGGAACGUGAGAUGGGUAGAAGAGAAGAAGAAACACCAAAGGAAGAAGUUGCUCCAUUUGUACCAAGUGCGAACAGAUGGAUACCAAAGUCUAAGGCUAAGAAAACUGAAAAGAAAUUUGCUCCAGAUGGUGUUACUGAAUUGCUAGAAAAGGAAGACGUUGAAAGAAAGAUGAAAUCAUUAUUAAACAAAUUGACUUUAGAAAAAUUCGACCCUAUUUCUACUGAAAUAUUAGAAAUUGCCAAUCAAUCAAGAUGGGAAAAGGAAGGUGAGACUUUGAAAUUAGUCAUUGAACAAAUUUUCCUUAAGGCCUGUGAUGAACCUCAUUGGUCAUCUAUGUAUGCCCAAUUAUGUGGUAAAGUUGUUAAAGAUCUAAGUCCUGAAAUUGCAGAUGAAACCAAUGAAGGUAAGACCGGACCUAAAUUAAUUUUACACUACUUAGUAGCAAGAUGUCAUACUGAAUUUCAAAAAGGUUGGACUGAUAAGUUGCCAACUAAUGAAGAUGGUACUCCAUUAGAGCCAGAAAUGAUGUCAGAUGAAUAUUAUCAAGCUGCUUCAGCUAAAAGAAGAGGUUUAGGUUUAGUCCGUUUUAUUGGGUUCUUAUAUUGUCUAAAUCUUUUGACAGGUAAGAUGAUGUUCGAAUGUUUCCGUAGAUUAAUGAAGGAUUUAACUGAUUCUCCAAGUGAGGAAACUUUGGAAUCUGUCGUUGAAUUAUUGACCACGGUCGGUGCUCAAUUUGAAACUGAUACAUUUAGAGCUGGUGAUGCCACUUUGGAAGGCUCUGCUCUACUUGAUAGUUUAUUCCAAUUAAUACAACAUGUUAUUGAUAACGAACCUAUAACGAGUAGAAUCAAAUUCAAAUUGAUUGACAUUCAAGAAUUAAGAGGAAAGAAGAACUGGGACAACGGUAAGAAAGACAGUGGUCCAAAAACCAUUACACAAAUUCAUGAGGAGGAAGAAAGAGCUCGUCAAUUGAAAAAUAACUCAAGGUCUAAUUCCAGACGUGUAAAUAAUUCUAACAGAGGUUCAAGAAGAGAUAGGGAUAGAAGUGAAAGAAGCGAUAGAGAUCGUCCUAGAGAUAGAGACCAUGCUCCAGUCUCUAAGGACAGUUUCACUACCACUAGAUCAUUCUCCCAAAGAAACAACUCCAGGGCUCCACCUCCAAAGGAAGAACCUAAGACAGCAGCUCCUGCUGCUACAAACAUGUUCAGUGCAUUAAUGGACGAUAACGACGACGAAGAGUAA